UAAUGCGUAAAGUCAUCUUAAAAAAAAAAAAAAAAAAAAAAACUGUCGCACAUAGUGACGUAUGUCACCAUCACCAGCCAUUAAUGCUGCCUUCAGGUGCUAUCUGAAUUCUCCUGCUUUCCACCUCUGAAGUGGUAAUUACGAGCAAGUUGUGUUCACAUGCUUUGUUGUCGGAAAGAACAUGAAACAUGAACGACGCCAGGUUCAUUCAUACAUAUUUCUUUUCUCUUUAAUUGUACUUUUAUUUUGACACCAUAACACACAUUACUCAAGUAGCUUGCUGAUGAUUAGGGAGGUUUGGUCAAAUACAAGCUAUUUUCACGGUAUAAAAAUGUACAACAGGCAUAGAAUGGUUGCUGAUAUAGUACAUGCAUGAAUAUGACCAAAAUGGCAAUUAGCUGCACUUAGAAAAAUGAACAAAACCUGUCAUUCAGUACAGAAACUGUACUCUGCUCCUACCAUCUCGGAAACUCGGGUAUCAAUAUUAUCUCCGAGUUUCGCAGUCGUAAUUACGACUUGAGGCGUCAAUCAUGUGCAGCUUUCUAGUGGGGAAACUCGUAUUUUCGAGCAUUCCGAUAGCACGUGAAGGUAGCAUAAGAAACAUAAACAACCAGAAACAGAAGCUUCUCCAUGACUGAGACGCAGGGAAGAAGAUAAUGUCAGUUUGACGACAUUUUGCGCGGCAUGAAAAAGCUCUCUACACUGGCUAGUAUAAAAAUAGCCUGUCUGUAGUUUUAUAAUCCCUCCCUUUCAUGUGUUCCCUUACAGAAACUGUGUUUCUGUGAGGUGUCCAUUUCCAGUGUUCAUAUACUAUGAAUCCAAAUGAAGAAAUCCUCCUAACAAAAUACAAACAAAACAAUAUAGGGGCAAGCAGUGAUUAAGGGGGCCAGGCACUUUUGGACACACUCCAUAGUGAUGGGGGAAGAUCAGAAGCCACUGGGACCAUCAGCACUUUUUCCCAAGGAGCUAAAGGGUCGCAGGAAGCCUGGAGCCUUUCCCACGGCACUCUGGGCACAAGGCAGGGGACACCCUGGACAGGGUGCCAACCCAUCGCAGGGCACAAUCGCACACACUAAUUUAGUGAUGUCAGUCAGCCUACAGUGCAUGUCUUUGGACUGGCACGAUGAGCUGCUCUGCAUUGCUGCGACUGUACCCUGGAGACCAUCACAGACUCCUCUUUGUCUACAGUGCCAUCACUCUUCGCCUGCUCAGCUCCAGGACUCGACCUGGCCGUGGCUUAAGAGAAAGUCUGCGCCUCCUGCAGCUGCCUGAGGACGGAGUCAGCAGCCAUGCUGUGGUCAAAGAAGCCUACUUACGCAUGGCCAAGCUGUACCAUCCUGACUCUGGAGCCCCCACCGCUGAUGCUGCUUUAUUCUCUCACAUAGAGGAGGCUUACAGAGUUGUACUAGCCCACCUGGCACGGCAAAGAUCUAUAUCUCAGGACACUCGGGAAGAAGAAGAGGAGGAAAAGGUUAAAGGUCAUGCACCACAGCACAGACACUACCUCAGCUAUGAAGGUGUGGGCUCUGGAACACCCAGCCAGCGUGAACGUCAGUAUCAACAGUUCCGGAUGGACAGAGCUACAGAUCAGGUGUUAGAGUAUCGCUACAAAAUCAUGGAGAAAGCAGCGGCAGAAGAGGGAGCCAUGGUUUUGAGGGAUACACGUCUGCGAAGCAAGAAGAUCCAGAUAACACAGGCUGUGGAGAGGCUGGUUGAGGAUCUCAUCCAGGAGUCAAUGGCACGUGGUGACUUCCACAACCUAAGCGGCGCCGGCAAACCACUCAGCAAGUUUGAGCACAACCCCUAUGCCGACCCCAUGACCCACAACCUCAAUCGCAUCCUCAUUGAUAACGGCUACCAACCUGAGUGGAUAGUGGCCAAGAAGGAGAUUAGUGAGACAAUUGAGAAGAUGCGCAACAGACUGAAGGAAGCUCGGGCCAGACUAGGAAACCCAAUGAAACACUCAGAGCAGAUCCAGUGGAAAGAACACUGUGCCACUUUCUCUGAAGAACUGGUCAAGCUCAACAAGAAAGUGGAUGAUUUUAACUUGAUCGUGCCUCUGAUGAGUUGGCAGAUGGUUCAUUUUAAUAUGAACAGAGAGAUGGAGAAAGUACUGAAAGCUGAUCAACAACAUAGAAAGGAAAAGGAGCUAGAGAAAGAGAGGAAGCUCUUAGAGGAGAGAGAGAAUGCAGACACCUCUCAGCAGAACUCUUGGCAAGGACUUAUUAUGUGGAUUCACAGUCUGCUCAAAUGAAACGAUGUCUGAAUAAUGCUGUAUUUCCGAAUGCUGCCGUAAACAGCACCAAAGUGAGGAGACUACACAAGUCUUUUUACAAUGAUUUAUCAUUUAUUAUUAUUUGCGUAUAUAGGAAUUACAGGAAUUGUUUUAAAAGAGAAAAUAUAUUAAACAUGGCUCAGUUCUCAUGCAUCACUGUGACAAAUCACCAUCAUGUAAAUAAAAUCAUAUUUAAAAUAACAUACAUACAUACAGUGUUAUGUCUUUUUUAAGUAAGCAUUCUAUUUCAGAUGCAAAGAGUCAUAUAGUGAAUACUGUGAUUUUUGAGAAAUAUGCAAUUUAAUCUUUUGGCUAAUUUGACUUUGUAAUCACCUUAAAAGCAAAAUGUUUGCACUUAGCAGUCAUCAGAUAUCCGUGCUCAC